AUGGGGACGGCAUGCCUUUGGGGCCGAACACGCGAGCUUGAGCUUCGCAUCACAGCCCACAUGGACAGUACGAGACUACGCAAAGAAGGAAACGAGGAAAAGAUCAUCAUCGAGUGCAUGAACUCCACCAGCCAUGGGCCUGUGAUGGCAUCUCGACCCUUGAGCUCAACGUUCGCCAAGACUCAGUCUGCAUGA